AUGAGAAUCGAAACGUGCUACUUCUGUUCGUCGCCGGUGUAUCCGUCCAAGGGCAUCACAUUCGUUCGCAACGAUGCAAAGGCCUUCCGCUUCUGCAAGUCAAAAUGCCACAAGAACUUCAAGAUGAAGCGCAACCCCCGCAAGCUCGCCUGGACUAAAUCCUUCCGUCGCGCGCACGGCAAGGAAAUGACCGUCGACAGCACCCUCACCUUCGCCCAGCGCCGCAACGUUCCCGUGCGUUACAACCGCGACCUCAUUUCUACGACCCUCAAGGCCAUGUCGCGCGUCUCUGACAUCCGCGCGAAACGCGAGCGCGCUUUCUACAAGGCUCGUAUGCGCGGCAACAAGCAGAGACAGCGUGAGGAGGACCGCAAAUUGGUCGAGGAGAAUCAGCAUUUGCUACCACCAAGCGAGAGGUGGGCCGCGAAGGAGAAGGUUGAGCAGGACAUGGAGGUUGAUGUUGAGAAGGUCAAGGAGAAGGUUGCCAAGAGGAGGAAGGAGAUCGAGAUGGACGAGAGCGAGCUGGAGAGUGAGGUCGAGGAGACGUUGCCCAAGAUCAAGAACAAGAGGAAGUUGAAGAUGAAGGUUGGCGGCGGCGUCGAGUCUAUGGAUGUUGAUGAGUAACAUUUGACUGAGAAAGUGUCUUACGGAGUUUGGCGUCAGGGCAUAACAGUUCAACAUGGUCACGAUUUCGAUACCACGGCAAAAGCAUCAGUUCUACCUCUCGUACCUCUGCAAUCGGUAUCUACCCACAAAUUUAUUUGGCCUUUGACAAUCAUAGAUAUCCAGUUGCGCCUUGCUCACUAUCGCGUACUUGCCAAUCUGCAAGUAGCAAGGUUGAGAAUGGAAGAGGCACUACACGGAAAGGUCAAUAGACUUUCUGCGCAGCUCAUGUCAUUUGUCUGCCCGUUUUACCUACAUCCUUCGCAGCCCUGUUUGACAAUCUUAUUUCUUCCUUAAUUCUUGAAGCAGGUAAUUCUGGGCGUUUGAUCGUGA